AUGUCCUUCCGGUUACAUCUUGUUCGACAUGCGGAAGCCACGCAUAAUCCCGGCCACGAUAUCACCAUUCUUGACCCACCAUUGACAGAAAGGGGAAUCCAACAGUGUCACAAGCUUUGCCGUGAGUUCCCUUUCAAGGAAACUGUCGGCCUGGUGAUGGCAUCUCCUCUCCGACGCACCCUUCAAACUGCCCGAUUAGGCUUCCAACAAUCCAUUGAUGAGAGGUUUUACGCUCAAGGCUCCAGAGUUGGAGUCCAAAAUGGCGCACGCCUUUCGUUAGAGCCAGAUCUACAAGCACACUCUUCCCGUCCAUGUGAUACUGGCUCAGAUCCAUCAGUUUUGCGCUCGGAAUUCUAUGAUCUGCCAUGGGAAAUCAUUGAGCUGAACCCUGUCUUCCCAGCAAAGGAGGGACUUUACGCGAGUGAUAUCGAGGCACUGAAGUUGCGCGGAACACGAGUUCAGCGUCAUCUGCAAUAUAAUUUUGAAAAGUUGAAGGAUACUGAACGACCAGACAUAGUCGUUGUUACCCAUGGCGGGUUUUUGAGCUUUGUCAGUGGCCAGGAGGAAACGACAGUGGGCCAGGCAGAAUGGAAGACCCUACUCGUCAACUUUGAUCGUGAUUCCAAACUUGUGGUGAAAUCUUCGGAUGAAGGAUGCUCACUGCUGUGA